AUGGCUCCGCAAAGCACCAGCACGGGGCAGGUGGGGCUCCGUGGGGUUUCUCGGGCGUUGGGGGGUGAGGUAGCUUUUCCAUCAUCACACAACAUUCUCAAACCCCACAUCCUAACAUCAAAAGUUCUCCAGCGGAUUCCUGCAUCUUGCAUUCCUGCGAACAACCACACCACCCCUACCCUCUAUUCUCAUCCAACCAUGUCUUGGCAAGAGUACGUGGAUGGGCACCUGAUGUGUGCCCUUCCUCACGGAGGGCAGUUGGUUGCGGCUGCAAUUUAUGGUCAGGAAGAUGGUAACUGUUGGGCGCAGAGCCCUUUAAUGCCAGCGAUCACUAAACAGCAGAUCGACGCUAUGAUUGACGCGUUCGACAAUCCACAGACGCCGCUUGCGACAAACGGGCUGUUUCUGGGUCCAGAGAAGUUCAUGAUGGUGACGGGUGACCCUGGCGCUGUCCUUCGUGGCAGACAGAAAGAAAACAAGGAAUUGGGCCGGAAGGGCCGUGGUUGCUGCAUCAAGAAGACUGGAAGUACGUUAGUCUUCGGCAUUUUCGAAGAGCCUGUAGCGCCAGCUGACUGCAAUAUGGUUGUUGAGAACCUGGGCGAUUACCUUAUCAGCUUAGGCAUUCAUCAUCACAUCCUUCAUUUAAAAGUUGGAUUCAUGCAUACUGCCCUCCGUUUAGUUCCCUUGAUUCAUCUACCCGGCGAUUUGAGUUGGGAUGAAUGCCUGCAUGGUGGGGAGGCUGUAAGCGGUGGUGUGGUCUUUCAACCUGAGGCAUUUAUGCAAGACGUAGGCAAUCCAGCUAGCUACCUCUACAACAGCACUUCAAAUUUGGACUUAUAUACCUGGCCCGACAGACAAUCGGCAGUUGAUCUUCGAGUCCAAUCGAGUGCAGCGACCCUCGCUCCGCCGUGCACUGCUGUCGAGUCGAGUGUAGGCGAGUCCCCGGUGAUGGAGCGACUGCCAGCCCCUGCCAGACCAGCUAUGGCUGCUAACACUACCAGGAUGGGCAUUCUUACGCUUGUCAUUCUCAUCCUCCUCCACCUCCACGCCGCGUCGUCGGUAUCACCGGCGUCGUCGGUAUCACCGGUGUCGUCGGUAUCACCGGCGUCGUCGGUAUCACCGGUGUCGUCGGUAUCACCGGUGUCGUCGGUAUCACCAGCGUCGUCUCUGAGUCAAGAACCACCUCCGCUCGACACGCCUCGGACGAAUUUCUUCUGGCGCUUCCUGCGAAGCUGGCAAGCAGCGCAUCGUCCGCCGCAAUCGGCGUCUGGCGCGGCGAAGCGGCCGUCGCUAUGGCUUCAGUACCGUCGCCACCUAAGCGGGAAUCCCGCGGACGCGAAUGUUGACCUGGCGUCAUUCACGCAAUACCACGGAGACGGCGGGCCGUACUCGCUCACUCCUGGGAUCGAUCCCACCGACCACUCGCUUGAUGAUGUGGCAACGCCUCUCGGACGGCGUCGGCGACUGCAAAUGAAGAAGCAGAAGGGACCUUGCACCCCCCUCUCGGAAGCCAAGAUCAUCCCCGUUUCAAGCCCCUCCGACAUCGACAAACGGCUACAGUACCCCAAUUCUGUCACCGUCAUUCUCGAGGUCACCCGCGACCUCAUGCUUCCCAAGGGCCUCGUUUUCUCUGGCGCCUUCCGCUGCACAAUUUUCCGGUCAGCCCAGGGAAAGCGAAACUUCAAAGUGUCUCUAAUGGGAGACAAGGAGCCAGUGAUUCGCGUGUGGAAUACUAGCAACGUGGUUAUCUUGAAGCUGGAUUUUUGGCUGGGCGUGACGGCGCGGUCGGGUGAAUGCGAGUUGCUAUUGGAUACCGACAUAGGCAGAGGCAACACGUGCCCUACGAUCCACAUCUGGCGGUCCCAUAGCAUUCAGGUCGCGAAGGGGAGCUUCUGGGGUCGGAUCGACGUGUUUCGUGCCAUGGCUACGCGUGUAGACAGUAUGAAGGGUACCGGGUUAACGCUUUUCGCCAAGUCGCCAGGAGUUAUUCGCGUAGCGUUCUCUGGUUAUGGCCCCGCGCUGCUUAGGUCCUGGGUGGCUCUGACUAAUAACGAGGUGUAUGGUGUAGAUCAGCCGAUUGUGCUUCAAAACGGCGCGGUGGGGGUUAUAGCGAGGAACAAUUACAUCCACGACUUUCUAUUCGCGGGGAUUCGAUGCGGAGCUGACGUGUACAACCAAGGGGACUGCAUGCUGACGACGCUCAGCAACAACCUGAUCGUCGCGUCCGGCCGGAACAUGUCGGGCGACCACGACGCGGCUGGGAUUUACUACUGCACGCACUUUUUCAAUCCAGGGAACAUCGCGGAGUGCAAUUACAUCUUCAAUGGCGACCACUGCUAUUAUCUGGACUAUGCCACUUCGGGGGUGAUCAUCCGCGGUGGUGCAUGCAUCAACACAUACGACGGCAUGAAAGUCAACAACGGCCACUGGAAUGUGAUAGAGGAUGUGAUUUUGAAGGGCACGCUAGGCAUGCCGGGGUGGUGCCAGUGCUACACGCCCACCAUCAACAACUGUGCCAAGAAGCCGGGCACCUACUGGGAGGAGAUGCGGAUUAACUACUACAACUCGCCCGUCAUCAACCAGAAGUGGCCAUGGUUCAAGUCAAUCUGUCAGGCUAAGACAGUGAAUGGAAUGAAGUGCAACACCGACGAAAGGGGUACACUGACCGGCGCUCAAACCGGGCAUUGCAGCGGCCUUCCUACGCACAACACUGUCAAUCUAGUCGCUAUCAACACCACCGACUAUGAAAUGGGCUAUAGAUACUGCGAGAAGCUCCCAACAGUGCUGAGCGGGAAGUUCAACGACCACAGCGUACUGAGAAUUCAGUGGCCAAGACGAGCAGCCUUCAUCGACUACAAGAAGAAUGAUUUGGGCAUCGCUUCUAAGGACUCCAUAAUAUACAAGAACGAUAGGGUUACAAUGGGGCGAAAGCACUGCUUCCUCGUCGCAGCGUUCCUUCUCCUCGUCCUCGCCACCCUCCCAGAUUCAGCUUCAGGAGCGGGUAACCUACAGCAACCCAACUUACUAAAGCGCUUCGUGACAACGUGGCGGCAAUGGCACCGCGCGGUAACUUCCCUCUCGUCCACGUCAACAUUGCUGCAGCACCGGCGCUACCUCAGCGCCGACCCGGCGGAGGCUGCUGACGUGCCGCGCGUGCUGCGCCGACGUGGCGGGUGGUGGCACGACGCGGACGGCCAGGCAUACGUUUCGACUUCUGGAGAGGAGGCGAUACAGGAGGUGACUGAUGACGUGGCGGAAGGUGUCGUGUCGCGGAGGCGGAGAAAGCUGGCGGCACAGAACGUGACGGGCCCAUGCACUCCACUCGCCGACGCUGUACUCAUUACAGUCACAACCGAGGACGAUAUAGCCAAGCGGACACAGUACCCCAACAAACAAACCGUUAUCUUGGAAUUGGCCAAUGACAUCACGCUUUCCAAGGGACUUGUUUUCGACGCCGCAUAUCGCUGCACCAUCUUCCGGUCGAGCGCAGCUAGAGCAAACUACAAGAUUGCUUAUAUGGGGGACAGGGAGCCGCUGCUGCUUAUAGCGAACACCAGCAACGUGAUCAUCCUGCGCAUUAAUUUCUGGAUGGGUGUAACGAUGCAGUCCCCGGAGUGUACUGAUUUCCUGUACACGGAUCUUGGGUCGGGCAACACGUGCCCCACAAUAAUGCUGUGGCGCGUGCACAACACGCAGGUCGCCAAGGGCUUUUUCUAUGGGCGCAUUGAUGUUAUCCGAGCCAUGUCGUCGCGUGUAGACAGCAUGAAGGGUACCGGGCUACCACUCUUUGUCAAGUCCCCCGGGGUCAUACGAGUGUCCUUUUCGGGGUACGGGCCGGCUCUCCUCAGGUCAUGGGUCGCCAUCACAAACAACGAAGUGUAUGGCGUGGAUCAGCCAAUCACUCUUCUAAACGGUGCCAUCGGGGUGCUGGUCAGGAACAACUACAUCCACGACUUUUUAUUCGCGGGGAUUCGGUGCGGAGCAGACGUGCAUAACCAAGGGGAUUGCAUGCUGACAACGAUCAGCAACAAUCUAGUUGUCGCGUCCGGUCGGAACAUGUCGGGCGACCAAGACGCUGCUGGGAUUUAUUACUGUACACAUUACUUCAAUCCUGGAAAUGUUGCGGAGUGCAACUACAUUUUCAAUGGUGACCAUUGUUACUAUCUGGAUUACGUUUCGUCGGGAAUCAAGAUUCGCGGGGGAGCGUGUGUGAACACGUUCGAUGGAAUGAAAGUCAACAAUGGGAAAUGGAACGUUAUAACAGACGUGAUUAUGAAGGGGACGCAGAAUACACCUGGUUGGGUCGCGUGCUUCACGCCCACGAGCAACAACUGCCUCACACACUCUGGACAGUACUGGGAGCAAAUGCGGCUAAAGUACUACAAUUCACCCGCAAUAUUGCAGGCCUACCCAUGGUUCCCUACCGUGUGCAAGGAAAGGGCAAUUAACGGAUAUCUAUGCAACAUUGGGAGAAAAGGGACUCUGACAGGACGACAGACCGGCUACUGCCUGCCAGGGCUAAAUUUGCCCACUACUGGCGGAACGACUUCGGGAUAA